AUGGACCGAAGGGAGUGUCUCGAGCUCAUUGAGUCUUGCCGGACGCUUCCCAAGGCCCGGGAGCUCCACGCUCGGAUUCUCUCCAGCGGAGCCAGCCUCAGCUCCGACACUCUCGUUCUCAACAAGCUCAUCGAGAUGUUCGGUGCUUGCGGCAGCAUAGAGGACGCUUCCAAGAUCUUCGCGUCCAUGGACAACUCCAGGAACUCCUACUCCUGGGAUUUUAUGCUGGCCAUCUUCUGCAGGAGCGGUGGAGCUGCAAAUCUCUCCCGGGCCAAAGAACUUUACGACCAAAUGCCGUCUCGGAGUUUGGUGGCCUCCACAACUAUGCUGCUCGCGUAUGCCCAGAACGGGCAUAUCGAAGAAUCCAAAAAGGUCUUCGAAGGAAUGCCGGGGAGGGACGUGAUCUCCUGGAAUGCCAUGCUAGCUGCUUUCUCCGGUGCUGGAAGCCUGGAAGAGAUGGAGCGAGUAUUUUCUGGUAUGCCCGAGCCGGACUUGGUUUCAUGGACCACCUUGCUCGCUGCGUAUGCCCAGAGCGGGAUCACCAUAGCCGCCAAGAAAACUUUCGAUGCUAUGCCACAGCUGAAUCUCGUUGCCUGGAAUUCACUCCUGUCAGCCUAUGGAAAGUGUGGUCAGAUAGAAAACGCGAGAAGUACCUUUGAGGAGAUGCCCGAGAGAGACCUCAUCUCCUGGAACUCCAUUCUUGGCGCUUGUGCCCAGAUUGGUCAUACCAAAGAAGCAAACGUCGUCUUUGCUGAGAUGCCGGGGCGAGAUCUGAUAUCCUGGACCACCAUGCUCGUUGGUUAUACCCAGCAGGAGAACUUUGCAGCGGCAAACCGAGUUUUCCAGAGAAUGCCCCAGCAUGAUCUUGUUUCUUGCACCACUGUUCUUGCCGCAAAUGCCCGAAAGGGUCAUCUGGAGAAAUCGAAGCACCUGUUUGAUCAAAUGCCGCAGCGUGAUGUGGUCUCCUGGAACGUCCUGCUGACAAUGUACGGUGAGCAUGAGCUCGCAAACGAAGCAAAGAAAAUCUUCAAAGACAUGCCGUACCAUAGUCUCGCCUCCUGGAACUCACUCCUCUCGGCUCAUCUCGUCGAGGGAGAUUUCUACUCCGCCAGCCAGCUCUUUUCCCAAAUGCCGCUCAAGGAUUCCAUAUCCUGGACGACGAUGCUAGCUGCUCACGCUGGGAGAAACGAUCGUCGCCUAGACACCACCAAGAAGCUGUUUGAUACGAUCCCAUCACCGAGUCUGGUUUCCUGGAGUGUCUUGCUCAGCCUCUGUGCCCGGGAGAGGAACACGUUCCAUUUCUUCCAUGUGAUGAAGCUUGUAGAUGUUCCAGACGAGGCUUGCUUUCUCUCUGUCCUGCUCGCUUUCAGUCACGCCGGGGAAGUGUCUGAGUGUAGAGCCAACUUUAUGUCGAUGAUCUCGGACUUUGGCAUCCGGCCCACCAAGCAACACUACUGGUGUAUGAUCGAUGUUCUCGGGCGGGCGGGACGCUUGGUUGAUGCUCGAGAUCUCAUCCUCUGCAUGCCUUACAUGCCAGAUGCGUCCGAGUGGCGAUGCCUCCUUGCUGCCUGCAGGAGCCACAGAAACUAUGAGAACGGAGCACUAGCUGCAAAGAUGGUCAAGCAACUCGGCAAGCAAGAUGCAGUAACAUACGUGUUCCUGGCAGGCAGCAAAUGA